UGAGCGGCUGGUGGGCGCGCCCGCUGCGACGUUGCGGAGGCUUCAAGAUGGCGGAAGCCCUGACAACUCAGGAGCAGCUGGCUGUGGAGGAGUUCCUGAGUGAGGUGCGUAGCAGGGAGCAGCCUCACAGUGCUGGGUUCGUCUCCCAACCUACCGCUGUAAAGUUUCUCAUGGCCCGCAAGUUUGACGUCUCCAGAGCCAUCGACCUCUUCCAAGCAUACAAGAACACAAGAAUCAAAGAGGGCAUCAUCAAUAUCAACCCUGACGAGGAGCCCUGCGCUCUGAGCUGCUGAGUGGCAAAUUUACAGUCCUGCCUGGCCGUGAUGCAAAGGGUGCUGCUUUGGCACUCUUCACUGCUCGUCUCCAUCGGCCAGAUGUCACCACCCACCAAAGCUGUGCUGC